CCUCUUUUGUUUCUGGACUUUUUUGCUCCUUGACAUUUGCACUCGACGCACACAGCAUCACGACCCACUUUGGUCCUUGUAUCCGUCUAGGGCAACCCACCAGCAAAACACACUCAAUAUGUCAGGCGUGGAAGUGUACCGCGCCAAGGUGGCAGAGCUCAUCCGCCAGGCCGAUAUUUCAACAGUGUCCGCACGCGGCAUCCGCAAGCAGAUCGAGACCCUCACUGGCACCAGUCUGGCUGAUGUGAAGCGUGAAUUUGACGAGCUUGUGAUGGAGAUAUAUGAGAAGAUCAGUGACGAAAUCGAUCGCUCGGUAUUGAAUGAUGGUCAUACUACUGGAUCAAACGGUGUUAAGCAACCACAACACCAACAACCACAGCAACUCUCAUUCGGUGGAUUCGCCCUGCCGCCAACGUCUUAUGUGCCGCCAAAAUCUGCGCCGGCUCCCGCUCCCAUCAAAAUGGAAUCCGAAGAUGAGGAUGAGGAAGAAGACGGCGACGAUGGUAACGCCUCUGAUUCGUCGUAUUCUUCUGUGGAUGAAGACAAGGGAAGCGCCUCCAAAAAGGCAAAAACAUCCUCCUCCUCCAAGAAAUCAUCCACAAAGACCAAGGCAAAGACGAAGUCAACGACAAAAGCGAAGGCUAAGCCAAAAGCAAAGACCUCCAAGAGCUCAACAUCGUCCACCAAAAAGGACAAGAAGAAGGAUGAAGACAAGCCCAAGAGAAAGCAGCCUUUGAAUGAAGAUGGAACGGUCAAGCAGGUAGGCUUUAUGAAACCUCUUGUCAUCAGUGACCAGCUGAUGGAUGUCGUUGGAAAGCAUGGCACGACAGGACCUUCCGGCAAAGUAGAGAUGGCUCGUCCCACUGUUGUCAAGCAUCUGUGGACCUACAUAAGAGAACAUUCACUGCAGGACCCAAAGGAUGGGCGCAUGAUCCUUUGCGACGCGAAAUUGAAGGCAUUAUUUGGAGAGGACAGGGUCAGCUCGUUCUCAAUGAACAAAUAUCUGAAGGGCCAUUUGACGAAAGUGGAAGAAGUCGUAUGAGUGCGGAGAUUGAUUGCGGAGCUGUGGCAGGACGGGACGUAGAUGCGGGGAUACCUUUUUUUUCUUCUACAGACAGAAUAAAGCAAAACAGGGCUGGCCUUUCGGAUUGC